UAUCAACAAUUUAGCAACCUAUAGCUCGAAGAAUAUUAAUUUAAAAUGGAUAUUACAGAUAUUGAAAAUUUGAAAUUUAUAAUACCCAUAAUGGGUGUCAUAGGCUUAGGAAGCUUUUUAUAUAUCUUUGGUUUUAAAUCUGUUACCCCUCCUACAUUUGAAGAUUUGAUGGAUUCCGAUAAUAAGAAAGGAAAGAAGAAGAAAGCAAAAUACGAAAAAGCAAAAAUAACCAAUGUUAAAAUUAAGGACACAUCAAAUAAGAAGGCAUCUAAUGGUGCAACACCUAAAAUUAAGAAAGAGGAAAAUCAAGUUGAAGCUAAAAUAAAUAAGAACCAAAAACCAAUUGUUGAAAAACCUGAGAAAUUAUCUAAAAAAGCUAAAGAUAAUAAACACCAAAAGCAUGAUGAUGAAAAGACCUCUACAAUGGUUGCAGAAGGAUGGAUGACUAUCCCAGCAAGAAAAGAGAAAAAAUCAGCUCCCAUCAUUACUAAUAAUGCAAAGCCUUCAUCAAAUAAACCACAAAAAUCGGUCCCUCAACAGAGCCAAGAAUCUACUGCCGAUCAUAACAAGGCUACCCCUAAGCCCCCGACGGAUAUCCCGUUUAAGUCUUCUAGGCCUCGCCACAUUUCACACACAACGGAUGAAGAAGUUUACGAACCCAAUAGGAUUCCCCAUAGUGAACCAGGAAAGUCUUACUACGAUGAACAGGACAAUGGGUUUGGGGGGAUGGAUGAUCAUGCGUCCGUGGCUACCUCCACCACUGACAGCACCAUGGCCAAUAACGAUUGGGAACUUUUGAACAUGCCUCCUGGCCAAUCGCUGGAAUCUAAGCCUGCAGUGCCCGAGAUAAUUUACAAGGUUAAGCCUAUUCUGAAACUGACGAGUGACGCCGAUUGGGUAGGAGAAUCUGAAAGUCAUACGCUCGCACUGGAAGGUGAAGGACCCAACGAGUCUAGCAUUGGUAUGGGAGGACUGGCGAUCAAGAAAUAUUACCUGCCAACUCGACAUUGUUGGGGUGGCCAAUUGGUGCCCUCAUCACCUAUGAUGGCUCAAAACGAAGAUAAAGAGGUUGAUAUAGACGAUACUCCCUGGUACGUGAACUAUCAGGCCUACUCACUCUUGGGCGACGAUUCUGAGACUAACCUUGUUGCCACUUCGACUAUUUCGGAUUCGACUAUGGGUCGAUCGCCAGUAGUUAAGUCCUAUCUCUCGGAAGUGGAUCGAAAGCGAGAAAAGCGCUUGCGGGAUUUAACGGCCCGCGGGAACCUCAUGUUUGAGCUGGCUGAAGACACUCCCCGCGCUUCCAAUAUUCCCAAAAUUUCUGGUGCGAAUUAUUCUUCUAGCUCUACCGCUGCCACUUCGAAUAUGAGCACAACUGGCGAAAAGGUUCCUUAUUAUCAGAAACAGGAUAACCCUCUUAAACAAGCCACUAGCGUUCACGUUAACGUGGGGAACGAUCCAGAAUCAGGCACCAACAUCAAUAAGAAGAAAAAGAAUAAAGCCAAAGGAGGUGUAGGUGGCUUAGCUAAUAAUUUGCCUUCCAAUUUGGUCAGCGUGACAGGAUAAUACUUUUUCAAACCCCCAGUGAAAAUAAUUAUUUCAAUCACGCCCUUUUUUUCGAUUUUACGAUAUAUAUUUUUAUUUUACUUUCGAAUUAUUCGGUUUCGUAUUUAAGAUAACGUGUUUAUUUCUAUCACUAUAUUUGAAUUAGCCCUUCUUUAGGCUUGGGGAGGGGGGAGUUUGCUAUUAGAAAUUCAAAUUCUUAUACGUUAUAGCUUCCACUUAAACUUUCAGAUUCAUCGUUAAAUUAACAAAUAAUUAUGUGUUUUAUUUUUAAAAUAUAUUUUUUCUUGUUUAAUCCUUCCACAGUGCGUUUAUGCUCUUCACGAAUAAUAUUCCUAUGAAUAUUUAUCUUGAUCAUUGAUAAUUAAUUGGUUUGUUAUUUUGCAAAUUUUUGGUGCAUUGCAUAUAUCCUCAUUUUUUAUUAAUAGGACUUCAAAUUGAAUUUGCUCUUAUUAUUAAUAGAAUCAUAUCUAAAAAAAAAUUUUUUUAUACGUCAACUUCUUCCAAUCAUUGCAAAACAUAUUUAUUUAUAACAUAUAUAUAUAUUUUGAAAUAAUGUUUAUUUUCUUAAUGUUAACUUAAAAAAAAUCAUACACCUAUCCCCUACCUAUGCUUACUAUUAUUAUGUUAGGAGUUUUGGGGAAUUUUAUAUUUAUAUAAUGAAUUUUACUUGAAUGGUGUUAUACAUCAUUACAUUAAUCAAUCAUAAAUUAUGUUUAUUUUAAUUUUAGGACCAAUCGAUUCAUAAAUAAUAUUAUUUGGACUUAUUUUAUUAUCAUAUAUUUGAAGAAAUCAUUAUAUAUAUCCUUCCAAUUUUUACCUUUAUAUAAAAAUUAUAA